AAGUGAGCGGGCGUACUGUUAUUUUGCUCUUCAACGCACGCGUCUUCAGCGGAGUAUAAAAACCAAUUUAAUGCGGGCGGCAAAUUAAGAAAAAAUAAAAGAAGAGAAAAAGUAUAUACUAAAUAUAAAAUAAAACGCAGUUUAAUUAACUUUCGAGGAGUGUGCUCCAGCGUGUGUGUGUGUGUGUACGAAGCAGCUAAACGUUAUAACUGAACCGAUCGAUCAUCAUUUGUGCUAAAAUAUAUAUAAGCUGGUGGCUAGGCAAUUUGCUCUUCAUACUCCACCCACAACAACAACACUCUAUCUCUGUCUCUCUCUCUCUUUGUGUGUGUGUGUGCGCGCGUGUGACAGAGCUGGAAGUGCUCUCCACUCCAGUGUCAUCCAUUGACCACCACCAAUUCCUUAAUCAUCUCCGCAUUUGAAGAUCAUUGCCACACAAAAAGAGAAAGAGAGUUGCAAAAAAAGCCAUCAAGAUGUUCAUCGAAGAUGAUGCGCAAAUGGACAGUUUCUGGGUGCAGAGCGCAAUUGGUGCCAUCAAGGCAAUUGCAUUCGUUUAUGAUAUCAUAACGCUGCCGGUCUAUUUGGUAUUGCAGGCGCCAUGGAAACGUCGACAGGACUCGAGGCGUGUGAAGGCCAAAGUCAUCAAGAAUGAUGAUAAUGAGCUAACAUACAGGACCACGGAACCACCACGUGAUGUCCAUGUGAAGAUGCUACAAGAGAAUAUCGAUACAUUGGAGAAGGUCUUCAAUUAUGUGGCAAAAACUCAUUCAUCCAAACGUUGCCUGGGCACCAGGCAAAUCCUUAGCGAGGAGGAUGAAGUGCAGCCAAAUGGUCGUGUCUUUAAGAAAUACAAUAUGGGCGAUUACAAAUGGAAGAAUUUCACCGAAGCGGAACGCAUGGCAGCUAGUUUUGGACGUGGUCUACGUGAAUUGGGACAGAAACCUCGUGAGAAUAUUGUGAUCUUUGCCGAAACGCGAGCGGAAUGGAUGAUUGCGGCCCAUGGUUGUUUCAAACAGGCCAUGCCCAUUGUUACCGUCUAUGCCACUUUGGGAGAUGAUGGUGUGGCUCAUUGUAUCUCGGAAACGGAAGUAACCACAGUGAUAACCUCUCAUGAUCUAUUGCCCAAGUUCAGGACUUUGCUGGCUCAGUGCCCAAAUGUGACUACCAUUAUCUAUAUGGAGGAUCAGCUGCAUAAGACAGAGACCACAGGCUUCAAGGAGGGUGUCAAGGUUUUGCCAUUUGCUCAGGUUGUCAAAACGGGUCAGGACUCUAAAUUUGAGAAUGUGCCACCAAAGGGCGAUGAUAUUGCCAUUAUUAUGUACACUUCUGGUUCGACUGGCACACCAAAAGGUGUACUUUUGUCGCAUAAAAAUUGCAUUGCCACCAUGAAGGGUUUCUGUGAUAUGGUGCCAAUUUAUCCAGAUGAUGUUCUAAUUGGUUUUCUGCCAUUGGCUCAUGUUUUCGAAUUGGUUGCCGAGAGUGUUUGCCUAAUGACGGGCGUAUCCAUUGGUUAUUCAACGCCAUUGACACUGAUCGAUACGAGUAGCAAGAUAAAGCGCGGAUGCAAGGGAGAUGCCACCGUAUUGAAACCAACUUGCAUGACUUCGGUGCCAUUGAUACUUGAUCGCAUUUCCAAGGGCAUUAACGACAAGGUCAACUCUGAUUCGGCAUUCAAGAAGGCAUUAUUUAAAUUUCUUUAUCAGUACAAAGUGAAAUGGAUAACACGAGGCUAUCUAACGCCCUUGAUUGACAAAUUGGUCUUUAAGAAAGUGGCUAAAUUAAUGGGUGGACGUGUCCGGAUUAUGAUGUCUGGUGGAGCUCCUCUAUCAUCGGAUACACAUGAACAGAUUAAGACAUGUUUGUGUGUGGAUUUGAUUCAGGGUUAUGGUCUAACAGAGACUACAUCGGGAGCUACAGUAAUGGAUUAUCGUGACAUGACCUAUGGACGCACUGGUGCCCCCUUAACUGUCUGCGAUAUACGUUUGGUCAACUGGGAGGAGGGAAAUUAUCGCAUUACAAACAAACCCUAUCCCCAAGGAGAAGUUUUAAUUGGUGGCGAUUGUGUAUCACAGGGUUAUUAUAAAUUGCCUGGCAAGACCAAUGAAGAUUUCUUCGAGGAAGAUGGUCGUCGGUGGUUCAAAACUGGUGACAUUGGUGAAGUGCAAAGUGAUGGUGUACUUAAAAUUAUUGAUCGCAAGAAGGAUCUCGUUAAGCUGCAGGCCGGCGAAUAUGUGUCAUUGGGCAAAGUUGAAUCGGAAUUGAAGACAUGCGGCAUUAUUGAGAAUAUUUGCGUUUAUGGUGAUCCAACUAAGCAAUUUACUGUAGCGCUGGUCGUACCAAAUCAGAAGCAUCUUGAAGAAUUGGCCGAACGUCAUGGACUUCAGAAUAAAUCAUUUGAAGAUCUGUGCUCAUCACCCGUCAUGGAGAAGGCCAUACUCAAGGAAAUUGCCGAUCAUUCACGCAAAUGCAAAUUGCAAAAGUUCGAAGUGCCGGCAGCCAUAACGCUUUGCAAGGAAGUCUGGUCACCGGAUAUGGGUUUGGUGACGGCUGCCUUUAAGCUCAAGCGCAAGGAUAUUCAGGAUAGAUAUCAGCAUGAUAUUAAUCGCAUGUACGCCUCAUGAAAAUUAAUGUACUAAAUAGCAGCAAGCAGCAAUAGCAACAACAACAGCAAACAAUUAAAAGAGGAGUAGCAGAAGCAGCAGCAGCAGCAGGAGCAAUUGAAAGCUUGUGUGCCCAGCUAUAUAUAGGCAUAGAUCGCUUAGAGAAACGCCCCCCCCCACCCCCCCAAACAUAGUUUAAGUACUAAAAGAUCUAAAAGCCAAAACACACACACACACCCGAAAAUCAAAAAUGAAAGCACCUUAGCCAAGUUAUAUAAUUUAUUAAACAAAAAUUGGUUGCUUAAUUGCCUCCAUACAUAUAUUUUUUUUUGUUUUACCAAAUUUUUUGUUAAUAAAAAAAAAAGAAGGAAAGAAAAUGUAAUUCUUGAAAAGUUUUUGGUUUUCGAGUGUGAAAGAAAAGAAAACAAAACGAAUGCUGCUAAUGGUGAUGAAUGAUAGAUAAAACCUAACGACGACAACAAGAUUGACAAUGAUAAUGAUACGAUAACGAUAAAAAUGAUGAUGAUAUGAUGAUGAAUGAAUAUUAUAUGAAUGUACAGCUUUGGUUUUUAGUACAUUUUUUGUUUAUGGCAAAAGAAAUAGAAACAAACCCAUAGAAAAGAAGAAAACAAGAAACAAAAGAAACACAUUGCAUAAAUAAUACUUAUUUUUAUAGGAAAACAAUAAAAAAAAACAAUUAAACUUAAGCGGUUGCCUAAUAAUUAUGUACAUACAAUAUACAUAUACAUAUACGUUUAUGUAAACAGAACACGUAUAUUUAUCUAGUGUAGUUCUUCAAUCUAUGCUAAGUUUAAGAGUGUAUGGCAAUGUAAUGAAUUAAUUUUGAAUUGUAGCACGAAGCGAAAAACGGAAAAUGGAGCAAAAACAAAAGAAAUUAUGAAUUAAAAGCGAAAAAGGAAUACUAAAGAUACACUAAAAAACAAAACAAUAUUUACUACUAACACCUUAAAUCACUUAAGUGAUUUGAUUGCUUUUUUCUUGGACGCACCAAAAUGAAAACCCUCCAUGAAUUGUUGUUAAAUAUAUUUUAGCGCAAUUUAGUUAUGCAAUCUAAAUAAUGAUACACGUAAAACUAAAAACAAAAAAAAAACACAAAUUAGAAUUUCCUGAAUUACGAAUUAUGUCAAAAUUUUUAAAUGAAACAAACAUGAAAGACUUAGACUUACUAAACCAUAAAAAUGAAAAGCAUAACUAAAUAAAAACAACAAAAUAAGAAAGAUAACUAAAUUGUUUUUAGAUGUGUGCAAGACCGAAUAAACUUUAGUCAUAUUUUUAGUUAAACAAAAUAAAUAAAAAGAAAUAAAACAAAAAACAACAAAUA